CAUACACACACACACGCACAAACACACACUCAAACACACAGGAGUCUGCCUUGGAUGAGCUGCUCUAUUAUCUGACAGCUGAGAUGGGUGUUGGUCUAGCAGUGGUCACUUUGUUCAUCACUCUGAUGCAAGUUGUGCUGUGUAAAAACUGGAAUUUGAUGCUUCCUCAAAGCAUCAUGGCCAUCAGUGGCUCCUGUGUAACAAUCCCAUGUCACUUCGAGGUCCCCAACGAUUAUGAAUCAGACAUCCACAACUGCUCCAGAGGCGGGGUUUGGAAGAAAGGAGUUGCUACUAAUCCACCUGUCUUCAGUGCAAGCAAUGCUUACAAUAACAUCAUACAAGGGCAAACAUUCGGGGACGAGACAAAGAAGAACUGCACCACAGUGUUUUACAGCAUCCCAAAGAACUACAGUGACAUUUACUUCUUCAGGCUGGAGUGUCCGAACAAGGCCAAGUUCACUUUCUCAAACGGAGUCUACAUUAUUAUUCAACCAGGCCCGUCCCCUCCCAAGAUGACCUCCAUGAUUCAGAUGUUGGAGGGAAUCCAGAUGAUGAGGCUGCAGUGUUCAGUCCCUGUGCCCUGCCCCGCCUUGCCCCCCUCCCUCACCUGGCUCCCCCGGGACGACUCCAGACAGCAGCAGACACAAAUACUGCAGAAUCAGGAAGGACAGAUGACCAUGGUGUCCACACUGACCUUCAUCGCCUCAGCCGACCUUCACAACCAGAGCGUCAUCUGUUCUGUCUCCUAUCCUCUGGCAAAAGGGGGCAGCACUGAGCCGUCUGCAACAGCUCAGAGACUCAACAUCCAGUAUGCCCCGAGAUUCACCGAGGCAACGCUCAGCGUGUCUGGUCCUGUUUCCGAGGGCCACACCGUCACAUUCACAUGUUUCAGUGAUGCCAACCCUCCUGCGAGGAACUACACCUGGUACAGAGAUGACAGUGGAAUGUUGACCAUCAUGGGUGACAGAGGCACGCUGGUCCUACAGGUCACCAAGAGGGACAGCGGGUUGUAUAUGUGUGAAGCUGAAAACCAGAGAGGCUCUCAGAGGUCCAGGUUGGUGUCUCUUGAGGUCGUCACCGCUGCAGAAAGCAGCAAGUGUUUUAUGGUAUUUCACUACGUUAUAUGUGGAGUUGUGGUGCUUCUCUACAUCCUGACUGUGGUUGUGGAUGUGUACAAGUAUCAAAGUCUUUCCAGGAGGCUGAAGCAGAUAGAGCUGAAGGGGGAGCACACCUACAUGGAUCUGAGGAGCCUCAGUGUCACCUCCGACUAUGAACAACUCCAGCCACGUCCUCAAGUUCAAAACAAUGAGAGAACCGUCGCCCCGCAAGCCAUUCGCAAAAACAAGCCACAGCCAAAGCGGACAUGAAGUCUUGUGUUGAAGUUUUCAUCGGAGUGCUCUGCAUACAGUACAUAUGUUUAAGUAGCUUUAAAAAGAUUUCCCACCCAGCAAUGAUGAACACAGUACAUAAUGCCAUUCUUUUUCUACUUGUUGUAAGGAUCUAAUAACAGUUUCAUGGUUAUACUGAGUUAAAUCCCUUUUUAUGUCAUUAUAUAUUUGUAAUUUACAAUAAAUUUCUGUAAAUGUGAA